CGGAGCUCCUCUCCCACGUCUCUGAGAAGCACGCAGGAGAAGGGGUUAGUGCGGACGAGAUCAUCAUUCCCCUCAGGCCUCUGAGCACUCCUGAACCCACCAACCCACACAAAAGCGGAGAUGGUGCUUCUCUGGCUUUGGAAGGAAGAAUGAACGAAGGAACGAAUGAAUGAUUGAGUGAAUGAAAGGCGGGGAUAGUGUCCAACAGCGUAAAAAAAACAAACGAACCGUGAGCUUGUUGUCGGACGAGUGGGGGUCUCAGCCAGCUCUAGGACCUACCAGUUGCAUUACCUGAGGCAGAUGAUAUAGCUUCUCUGAGCCACACCAUGCUGCCCUGACAAAUGAAGAGAACAGGCCUGUCACCAGGUGGGUGCUGAGGAUUGGAUGACGCCUGGCACAGGAGACAAUGAAGGGAAGCUGUGACAACAUACGUGAUGAAUGUGUAAGAAUAUAUAAUCUGAGACCCCGCGUUUCUGGACUGAGUGUGUGACCCUGGAACAAGGAUCCAAAUGGCAAAGCUUUGGUUCGCACAGACUCCAUCAGGCUCACGGUCGGUGUGUGAAGUGAGAUACAUCUUGUCUGCAGCGUCCAGACAUCUCCCACUGAAUGGCAUCAGAUGCGGCAGGUGGAUGGAUUAGAGAAACCAUCUAGGCCCCGUAAUUAGGUCCCCACAGACAAAGACAAUGUGUAGCCCGGUAAGAGUAGCUGCAAACGACAGGGGGGGGAAAAAAGCCCACAAAACUAUUUUUAUAUGAUGAGGGACAACGGCCAGUCGCCUGUGCAGAAGUGCAGUCUGUGGCCAUCAGCGUUCCAUCACAGGAUUCAUUAGCCACACUGAUGCCCGACUGCUCUUUCCUGGGAAUAUUCAGGCUGGCAUUUCUAAAUAGACUGGCUUAUUGAUCAUCUGUCUGACGUCGUUAACAAGGAGAGAGUCCAGACAAAACAUGCUUUGGUUAAUGAGUCCCUCUGGCCGUUCCCAGGGAGCUCAGAGGAAUACACCUGACAGAGGAAUAAGUUGUUGAGAAGUUAAGGGAAGUUCUGCAAGUCACUGUUAGUGGCGGGAGAUGAAACGAGAGAACCCCGCACCUGAAACCGGUGAUGGCGAAUGAGGAGGAGCAGGAGGAUUUGUGUCCUCGUCACCGGCAGCUGCUAGUGCUGUGUUCACGGUGUUUCAGCUCCAGCACUGGCCUCGUGAGCUCUUUCCACUUCGAGAAAGCAGGACUGAGAGUUUUCGGUCAUGAAGAGGAAGAGAGGCAGGCCGAAGGGGUCCACGAAGAAGCCCAGCGGCGAGGAGGACCUGGCAGAGAGCGUCGUUAGUCCGCAGGAGGGCAGUCCGCCGGCCCCAGAGGAGGGGAGCAGCCUGGCUCCGGGCAGCUUGGAGUGCGGCCAGUGCCGUCGAAAGUUCUCUAACCCGCGCCAGCUGAGGAAGCACGUCUGCAUCAUCGUGCUGAACUGGGGUGAGGAGGACGGAGACGCAGGUGAUGAAUCUGACCUUGAACUGGAAAGGAAGUAUAAGGAGGAUGAUCGAGAAAAGACUCCAAGGAGGCCACGGACACAGAGGACGGAGAAAGUCCAGAAGAUCUCCUCGGGAAAGGAGGCCGGGCAGGUUUCCGGAGUGAAGAAGCCCAUCAUAAGUGUGGUUUUAACGGCACACGAAGCUAUUCCAGGUGCCACCAAGAUCGUUCCAGUGGAGGCCGGGCCCCCGGAGACGGGCACUGCAAACCCCGAGGCCACCCCGGCCGACCUGGCGCCUCGGAGAGGGUACCAGGAGUACGCCAUUCAGCAGACGCCGUACGAGCAGCCCAUGAAGUCCAGCAGGCUAGGGCCCACCCAGCUCAAGAUCUUCACCUGCGAGUACUGCAACAAGGUGUUCAAGUUCAAGCACUCGCUGCAGGCACACCUGAGGAUCCACACCAACGAGAAGCCGUACCAGUGCCCCCAGUGCAGCUACGCCAGCGCCAUCAAGGCCAACCUGAACGUGCACCUGCGCAAGCACACGGGCGAGAAGUUCGCCUGCGACUACUGCGCCUUCACCUGCCUGAGCAAAGGGCACCUGAAGGUGCACGUGGAGCGCGUGCACAAGAAGGUCAAGCAGCACUGCCGCUUCUGCAAGAAGAAGUACUCCGACGUCAAGAACCUCAUCAAGCACGUCCGGCACGCGCACGACGCGCAGGACCGGAAGGUGCAGGAGGCCCUGGAGGAGCUCUGCCUGCUCACCAGGGAGGGCAAGCGGCAGCUGCUGUACGACUGCCACAUCUGCGAGCGCAAGUUCAAGAACGAGCUGGACCGCGACCGCCACAUGCUGGUGCACGGGGACAAGUGGCCCUUCGCCUGCGAGCUGUGCGGCCACGGGGCCACCAAGUACCAGGCGCUGGAGCUGCACGUGCGGAAGCACCCGUUUGUGUACGUGUGCGCGCUGUGCCUCAAGAAGUUCGUCAGCUCCAUCCGGCUGCGCUCGCACAUCAGGGAGGCGCACGGGGCGGCGCAGGAGGGCGGGCUCUUCACCAGCUCCAUCAACCAGAGCUUCUGCCUCCUGGAGCCGGGCGGGGACAUCCAGCAGGAAGCGCUGGGGGGCCAGCCGCAGCUGGCGGAGGAGGAGUUUGUGUUCCCUGGCAUGAAUGCGCCCAAGGGGGCGGCCUGCCCCGCAGACGCUGGGCCCGACGAGGGGGCCGGGAAGGAGCCGGAGGCCGCGGCGCAGGAGCCCGCCCCGCCCACGCACUUGGCCGUCCCCCAGGCCCAGGGGGCCGCCCUGCCACCCUGCGGGCUGGAAGCUGCCGCGGACGCCUCGGACCUUCCUUCGCAGGCGGUGGUCUCCGAGGAGUUUUUACUGAAAAAUGAUCCCUCCUCUGCGGAGGCUCGCACCGCCCCCGAGGAGACCUUGGACGCCCGGCGCGGAGCCUCCUCCCAGACUCAGGGUGAAGAAGUCCCAUCACUGCCAUCCAAGGCCGGAAGUGCGGGAGCGAACCUGGACGCGCGGGGGGCCGAGAGCCCCCCAGAGGCAGGGCAGAAAAUGGCUGCCCUCCCGUCCGAGGGACCAGAUCCUAGUAGGUGUCUCAGGUCAAACCCAGGCGAGGCCUCGGACCUUCCUCCGGUAGCAGGUGGAGGGGACGUGGCCCUGCCCCAGCCAGACUCUUGCAGCCCGGCCUCCGAGCACCGGGCCGGCAUCAGUGCGUUCAUGAAGAUCCUGGAUGGCUUACAGAAGAGAAGGAUGAACACCGGCUUGUGCGAGAGGAUCCGGAAGGUGUACGGGGACCUGGAGUGUGAAUACUGCGGCAAACUUUUUUGGUACCAAGUGCACUUUGACAUGCACGUGCGCACCCACACCCGGGAGCACCUGUAUCACUGCUCCCAGUGCCAUUAUUCCUCCAUCACCAAAAACUGCCUUAAACGCCACGUUAUUCAGAAACACAGUAACGUCCUGCUGAAGUGUCCCACCGAUGGCUGCAACUACUCAACUCCAGAUAAAUACAAGCUGCAGGCACAUCUUAAAGUUCACACGGAACUGAGAGCAUUGGAGGACAUAAUACGCAUUGGGUCGCGGAGCAGCGCCGGUCUGCGUGGUAGACCUCGAGGCCAAGCCCUGCCCUCUGCUGGCCCGGCCACCUUCACCGGACCCUCGUCUGACAAAAGGAGUUAUUCUUGUCCUGUGUGUGAAAAGUCUUUUUCAGAAGAUCGAUUGAUCAAGUCACAUAUCAAGACCAACCAUCCUGAGGUCUCCAUGAGCACUAUUUCCGAGGUUCUCGGGAGGAGGGUUCAGCUGAAAGGGCUGAUUGGAAAGAGAGCCAUGAAGUGCCCGUAUUGUGAUUUCUAUUUCAUGAAGAACGGCUCAGACCUUCAGCGUCAUAUUUGGGCUCACGAAGGUGUGAAACCCUUCAAGUGUUCUUUGUGCGAGUAUGCAACUCGCAGCAAGAGUAACCUCAAGGCUCACAUGAACCGUCACAGCACUGAGAAAACCCACCUGUGUGACAUGUGUGGCAAGAAAUUCAAAUCAAAAGGGACGUUGAAGAGUCACAAGCUCCUUCACACUGCUGACGGGAAGCAGUUCAAGUGCACGGUGUGUGACUACACGGCAGCCCAGAAGCCCCAGCUGCUGCGGCACAUGGAACAGCACGCCUCCUUCAAGCCCUUCCGCUGUGCCCAUUGCCAUUACUCCUGUAACAUAUCCGGCUCCCUGAAACGGCACUACAACAGGAAGCACCCCAACGAGGAAUACGCCAACGUGGGCACCGGGGAGCUGGCGGCCGACGCACUCGUCCAGCAAGGUGGUUUGAAGUGCCCUGUGUGCAGCUUUGUGUAUGGCACCAAGUGGGAGUUCAACAGACACUUGAAGAACAAGCAUGGCCUGAAGUUGGUGGAAAACGAAGGAGAUCCCAAGUGGGAGCCAGCAACAGAAGCCCCUGAGGAGCCCUCCACCCAGUACGUGCACAUCACAGAAGCCGAAGAGGACGUUCAGGGCACGCAGGCAGCCGUGGCGGCGCUCCAGGAUCUGAGAUACACUUCUGAGAGCGGGGACCGACUUGACCCUACGGCUGUGAACAUCCUCCAGCAGAUCAUCGAGCUGGGCACCGAGGCCCAUGAUGCCACCGCUGUGGCCUCGGUGGUUGCCAUGGCUCCAGGGACAGUGACUGUCGUGAAACAGGUCACGGACGAGGAGCCCAGCUCCAACCACACGGUCAUGAUCCAGGAGACCCUCCAGCAGGCCUCCGUGGAGCUGGCUGAGGAGCACCACCUCGUGGUGUCCUCUGACGACGUGGAGGGCAUCGAGACGGUGACCGUCUACACUCAGGGCGGGGAGGCCUCGGAGUUCAUCGUCUACGUGCAGGAGGCCGUGCAGCCCGUGGAGGAGCAGGCGGUGGGGCCGCAGGCCCAGGAGCUCUAGGGGACACGUGGCGGCGGCUGGACACCACAGGGCGGGCCCGCCAGGCUCUCCGCGGGACGGCACCCUUGGUGGCUCUCUCCUCCACGGUCCCCACCCAGGCGGCCAGAUGGGGCUCCCCUCGUCCCCCUUUGGGGGGGCAAGGCGACCGGCAUCACCAGCAAUACAGGACCCCCCGUUCCCAGCACAAACACACACACCCCUCCCUCUGUGUUCUCUGCUUCCGGAAAGACUAGGCAUCGACUUUCCACACAGCCCACGCCGCAUCGCCCCUUUGCUUCGGGAUUCAUGCAGGGACCCGGUGCCCGUCAGUGUCUGCCCCGAAUCACACCCCCAACUCCCUGACCCCGUGCAGGUGCCCAGCCUUCCUCUGGGACUGCUCUGUGGCCUGAAUGAUGGGAGGGAGCCAGCCGGCACGGAGAAAGUGACCUUCUGGUUUGGAAUCCCCUCCCGGGGAAAAGAGGGGAGGGGAUCCUGGCUUUAUCCGCAAGGUCCUACUCCCCCACGUCCCCAAGUGUCGAGGGCACUUGUUACCGCUUGCGGGAACCACGGUUGAGGACCUUUUGUUCCCGCGACAGGCGGGGUCUUAGCUUACGUCUUAGAAUCCUGCUUUUUAAAAAAAAAAAUGCACUUUUUACUGUUCACCUCCCGUUCUAUGAGAUGUGGUGGGUAGAAUAAAAACAUUCUCGGCCUGA